CGGACUGUGUCGGCAUAUCUCUCGUUCCUCUGGAUAGGAUCUUAUCUAGAUGUACCACGCUAGCUGAUCCUCCUCGUGCAUGAUAAUGCAUAUGGGAGGUCAAGUCGCAAGUAAUUUCGAUGCUGCGAAUCUGAGCUUCGGAUACCUGGCGCUGUUCUGCGCCCUUUGAGAAUGGAGCAUGUAUCAACGCUAUGUGCCGUUAGCACCGUCGGUAUCGCAGCAACGGGCUUCGCGUUCGGUCGCGUGGAUCGAAGCCCCUCCAAGCCCAGCAGGUAUCGGAAAAGAACCCUCCCGCUCCAUGAUCAGUGUGCGACGGCGACAGACACAGCAGAAAUCCCAUCUUCCAACUUGAUUGACCCGGCUUUGCGCAAACCAUUCGCAACUGCAGGCGCAGAAUCGCCUCUCGAAGAAAAAUUCCCUCGACGCGGUAAGGAUGGGCACUCUAGUACAACCCACGCAGAGGAAUCAAAACAUUCGAGAAAACCGUCAUUCGCAGGUAUCAGACUGCGUCGCCGGGGACAAACUUUGACUGGACCUCCGUGCUUAGCGAAUGACAGCCCUUAUACAGUUUCCCAAUUUGUCCGACGGCCAUCAUCCUCCUGGGUGCGACGACUUUCGUUUCAACCAGAGAAACGUAGCUCAUAUCAGUCGUCCGUUUCUUUGUCGCCCAGGGGCCCAGCUACUCCAAUCAUUCCCCGCACGCCCACGCAGCGCAGAUUCAACAAGCUUGUCAAGCGGCCUUUGUCGCAACAUGCCAACAUCCAGCCGCUACCGGUCAGUACGCCGCCAACCUCAGCCAUCGCCAGUCUCCGCAGGCCUGCUACCAGUUAUCAACGAUCGGAUAAGUUUGGUCACAAGGCGACACACAGUUUGAACUUUGAGCCAAACUUGGCCUUAUAUUCUCCGGCUAUCCCUGAAGGCGAGAUUACGCCCUCUCACGACCAUACCUGGCGACCGUACAUAAGUACCACUCUGGAUGAAUUUUCAGAAAGACUGGCUCGCAGGUUUUCAUCGGCCACAAAGCCGAAAGAUCAAGGACUGCGACGAAUCGUACCAAGGAGUGACUCUGUUCCAGCACUUCUUCUGGCUACAUCUAUCAGGGCAACUGAACACGCAACGGCUGACGGCCUGAGUGCAUCAAAUACGGCUUCACCAGUUCUGUUUCGUGAUCCGUUCAGUUCUGGUGACAAGUCUUCACAACCGCUAGAUGAUCAUAUACCACCGGAAAGAGCCGGCUGUGAAUCGACAUUCUGUGCUGAGAACGCAGAUCCCAAAAGUAAAAGUCCUUUGACAACACCCAUACUCUCCGCGGAUUUCGGAGGCUCUGACAAUAACUCAGGGGUCUUUUCGAAGAGACGGGCUAUCUCGACGCCUCUUCUCUUCCCUAUGAGCAAGGAAGGAGCCAUUCUGGUGUCAUCCAAACCCCGCGGAAGGCGUAAUAUAACUGACCCAACCUUUUUCAGCCGUCCAUCACCCGCUGUGCAAACAGGAGUUCCUAUGUCAUUGAUUUCGGAUAUGCUAGGGCCACGGCAUAGGCCCUUACCAUCACAUUUCCAAGAUUUCAGGCUAGACAUGGCUUACCCCGAUAAUGUUGUUGCACGUCCAUUCACAUCAGACGCCGUUCCUUUAACCAAAAUUCGGGGUUCAAUCCGUCAGCAGCCGAAGCGUCAUUCGAUAGCUGCAUCUGAACUCGCUUCCACAAUCAUCGGUUCUGACGAGACGAACAUCUUCACGUCUGGUGAUGAGGACGAAACGGAUUUCUUGAGCGAUACCGCUUUCGACUCAAUUCGUACACACGUGACUACCGGUAGCAACCCCGGUCUAUGCGCGCCUCGAAUUGAGACCAUUUUUGGUGCCCCGCCAGUCACUGCAAGAGAGGUGCAUGCUAUCAACAGUGCAGGGCUAGACUCGCGUACUUCUGACGCUUCGCAUCCCCUCUCCGAACUUCACUGUGGUUUGGAUGCAUCUGAAGCGCCGAACAACAUGCCAUCAUUGAUUCCUCCGGUGUCAACAGACCCGCACGAAGGUGAAAGCAAUAUAUCCUUCCCAUCCGAUCUCUCAGAUGAUGAAGAUACGCAUAGUCUAUUGGCUGCGCUGCCCAGUGAAUCCACUGAGCCAGCCUUCCAGACAAGAAUGAGCUCGAAUAGCCUGUACCAUCAGGAUAAUAUUCUUAUCCCAGGGGCCUCGACAACCUUAGUCCAAUCGCAGCUUCCGGUGGUGUCGGAUCCCCGCAAAUACCGUCCCGACUUGGUUGAUACUUGUCCCAAAAUGAAUAUCUUCGACUGGUCUGAGCAAUCCAGGGGCGACCGUGAGGGUACCGGACCCGACGGGCGGCCACGCACCGUUCAUGGUAAACAUACGCCUCACUCCCGUGGCAGUCGUGCACCCGGAAGGAAAGCCCCGAGUACUUUACAUCUUCGGAGCCAGAGUGUCCCUGUGACAAGAGACCCAGCAACCGUUAGCGAGCAGCGCCAGACGUCGGGCAGCAAGUUCGGGACGUGGGGUCUAGGUAGCAAAGGUGUCAGCGAAGAUUGGGAUAGCGACUUUGAAUUUGAUGAUACCGAGGAGGUUUCGGCCACCGAGGCCAUGAAACCGACCAAGAACAAUGCGCGGCGCGGCAUGAUUGUCCCCCCGGCCAUCAUGGAACGUCAGGCUAGCCUGCAUGGGCAGUUUGGACAGGUUCAGGAGCUGACAUUGUUGGUGGAAGAGCUCAAGCGCCUUCGGCACCAAGGAAGUUUUCUGAAUCUUGUUCGCGGACCCUCUAAUGGGCUCUGGAAAGAGGCAGAAAGUAUCGUGAAUCUGGCCACGCUUGAUGACGACGAUUGCAAUGAUUCUCCGCCUGGGUCACCAUCGUCUCUCACAUUCAGCUUUGAUGAUUCAGAAGGCGAUUCCUCAAACUCUAACGACCCGUGGAAACGAGCCAGUGGAGGGUCUUGGGGAUUGUCAUUCUCGGACAAUGCGAAUUCCCGCCCUACUACUGCUCCCAGUCAGGAUUACAGAGACGCCCCAACAAAACCGAAUUCUGUGCUGGAUCUGAUCUAUCAACAACGCAACGCGGACGGAACUCCACUUCCCGACUCCCACCUUCCACGCUCCAAAAAACUUCCCUUCGAUACACAGUCUCUUCGGGACCUUGUUGUGCGUGCUGGCGUUGUAACCCGCGCAUUGAAAGAAGAAAUUCGCAGGGCCGAGGGUGUAACGACAGGACCUAGCGAGGACAUGCAUCCGUCGGAUCACCUAUUUAGUCGGAUCUUUGCUCGACCAUCCAAUGAUAACGCAACCCUCGAGGGCCCCGCCUAGAUGAGACAUGUCAAUUCUUUUGGUUUGAUUCAUGACACUGGCUUUCAUCCACAAUUGUACUUUCUUUUACAAGAGUAACGAAUUCCUUAACAUGUGUAACGACAUGAAAGAGGAUCUUGGGCAUAUAUCCUCCUUGAUCUGACUACUUUACUUUGGUCCUUCCUUCUCUCAACAAAGGAUUGGCCCUCUAAAGGACAUUCUGCUUGAAAAUCUACCCGUGUGUACAAUUGGCCAUAAGUAUAAUCCUCUUCGCUCCUACUUUCUAUGUACGUUGCGUGGCCUGCUCUUGUACACCAAUGAAAGGCGUUCCCUCUAAUUCUUUUUUCUAUUCCUUGUUCAUGUGAUGUGUCAUUGUCUUGGAGGCUAAGUGAAAUUCCAUCACGAAUCUUAUUGUCUUGUCUCUUUCUCAUUCUCCUCCUUCGAGUUUCGACGUACAGAUGUUCG